CCCUUUCACCUCUUCUACAUAAACAGCAACUUCGCACGAAUUAUGGCGCAGAGUGCACACACACAUUACAGUCUUAAAAAACAACACUUUCCCUAACUUUCUAAGAACCAUUUUCUUGCCAUGGCAGCAUCAACUCAGUCUCUCGUAUUCACAGUACGAAGGUGCAAGCCCGAGUUAAUUGCUCCAGCUAAGCCCACACCCCACGAGUUCAAACAACUUUCUGAUAUCGACGAUCAAGAGGCUUUACGAUUUCAAGUCCCGAUGAUACAAUUUUAUAGACACAAUCCCUCGAUGCAAGGGAGAGACCCUGUGAAAGUCAUCAGAGAGGCACUUGCUCAAACACUUGUGUUUUACUACCCCUUUGCAGGUAGGCUUAGAGAAGGGCCUGGAAGGAAACUUGUAGUAGAAUGCACGAGUGAGGGUGUCGUAUUCAUCGAGGCAGAUGCCGAUGUUACACUUGAGCAGUUUGGUGAUGCUCUUCGUCCUCCAUUCCCGUGCUUGGAGGAGCUUCUUUUUGACCUUCCAGGCUCUGGAGGGGUUCUUCAUUGCCCAUUACUGCUUAUUCAGGUGACGCGGCUCAAAUGUGGCGGGUUCAUCUUCGCACUACGCCUCAACCACACGAUGAGCGAUGCCGCUGGUCUGGUCCAGUUCAUGACAGCUGUGGACGAAAUGGCGCGGGGGGCGCGCGCCCCUUCCGUCUUACCUGUAUGGCAGAGACAUCUCUUAAAUGCGAGGGACCCAACAUGCUUGACAUGCACGCACCGCGAGUACGACGAGGUGAUCGACACCAAGGGUACUGGCACCAUCACCCCGCUCGAGGACAUGGCUUGCCGCUCCUUCUUCUUCGGCCGUACCGAGGUGUCUGCCAUCCGUAGGUUUGUGCCGCAUCACCUGAGCCAGUCCACCACCUUUGAGGUGAUCAUCGCAUGCCUUUGGCGAUGCCGCACCAUCGCACUUCAGUUCGACCGCAACGAGGAGGUGCGCAUGAUGUCCAUCGUCAGCGCGCGUGGCAAGUUCAAUCCUCCGUUACCGAGCGGUUACUACGGCAACGUUUUCGCGUACCCAGCAGCAGUCAUGACUGCCGGAAAGCUGUGCGAGAACACUAAUUUGGGUUAUGCUUUGGAAUUGGUGAGAAAGGCAAAAAGAGAAGUGAACGAGGAGUAUAUGCGGUCGGUGGCAGAUCUAAUGGUGAUCAGAGGCAGGCCAUUCCUAACGGUGGUGGGGUCAUUCCUUGUGUCGGAUGUGACACGUGCCGGCUUUGGAAAGGUGGACUUUGGGUGGGGCAAGCCAGCUUAUGGUGGUACAGCCGAAUGUGUUGUGAGACAUAUUCCUAGAACGGGAAGCUUCUAUAUGCCUUGUAAGAAUAGUAAGGGAGAGGAAGGGAUAGCCGUGGGAGUUUGCUUGCCAGCCCCAGCAAUGGAAAUAUUCGUCAAGGAGUUGGAUGUCUUUUUGAAAAACAUGCCGGAGAGUGGCGCGCAAUAAAUCCACUUUUAAUGCUCUAAACUGUAAACCCAACUCAUGAUCAACGUGCGGCCGUCGGAAGGCAAGUCGUUCGAAAAAAAUGUGAAAUUCAAAAUAUCUUGUGUAGCAGUCCCAUUUCAUCGGGAAAAUCUUACUCUUUAUCGAGAA